AGUUUGCCACUUCCAGCAGCCUUAGCCCAUGAGGAGGAUGUGAACGGGACUGAGUCAGGAGCUCCCCGGAAGCAUGGAGACCGUGGUGAUUGUUGCCAUAGGUGUCCUGGCCACCAUCUUUCUGGCUUCGUUUGCAGCCUUGGUGCUGGUUUGCAGGCAGCGCUACUACCAGCCCCAAGACCUGCGGCAGCGCUAUGAUUCUAAGCCCAUUGUGGACCUCAUCGGUGCCAUGGUGACCCAGUCUGGGCCCUCUGAGUUAGAACUGGAUGAUGUUGUUAUCAUCAACCCCCACAUUGAGGCCAUUCUGGAGAACAAAGACUGGAUCAAAGAUGCCUCGGGUCUCAUGUCCCACUGCAUUGCCAUCUUGAAGAUUUGUCACACUCUGACAGAGAAGCUUGUUGCCAUGACAAUGGGCUCUGGGGCCAAGAUGAAGACUUCAGCCAUUGUCAGCGACAUCAUUGUGGUGGCCAAGAGGAACAGCCCCAGGGUAGAUGAUGUUGUGAAGUCGAUGUACCCUCCGUUGGACCCCAAGCUCCUGGACACAGGGACGACUGCCCUGCUCCUGUCUGUCAGUCACCUGGUGCUGGUGACAAGGAAUGCCUUCCAUCUGACGGGGGGCCUGGAGUGGAUUGACCGGUCACUGUCAGCUGCUGAGGAGCAUUUGAAAGUCCUUUGA